AUGUUCCAGAAGGAUGAGCGCCCAGAGUGGGAGGUUUUAAUCCAAGGACUCGAGAAGUGCGUCAACGAGACCAACCUCCUUCGCCGAUUUAACAACGAAGUUUUCGCGGGUGUGGAGAUCAGGGCAGGAAACCACUGCAUCAAUGCCUUCAACGCUUUGUCCGAAGUCGCCUUUGUUGAGGAGAAGACAGUCAUUCAGUCGUUUGUUGAGACAAAGACUGGUGCUCCUUGGGGUCUGCAGCGCAUCUCUAACGAGGCGGGCGCAUCUGGAUCUGCCCAGGCCCAGGACUUCACCUACUCCUUUGACGAUGCGACUCUCGGUGCCGGUGUCGACAUCUACGUUAUUGACACUGGUGUCCGUACAUCGCACGCGGUCUUCACUGGCCGUGCCACCCAGGGCUUCUCCGCUACCGGAUCCUCUGUCGACGGUGACGGUCACGGCACUCACGUUGCUGGUACCGCUGGUGGCGCCAAGUUUGGCGUUGCUCAGGGUGCCAACAUCAUCGCUGUCAAGGUUCUCGGUGACGACGGCUCUGGCUCUUCCUCUGACACCAUUGCUGGUAUGGACUGGGUCAUCAACAACCACAACAAGCGUAAGACUCAGCCCGGUUUCGUCGGUUCCAUCAUGAGCAUGUCUUGGGGUCUCCAGGGCACUGCUAGGUCCGUCGACGAGGUUAUCAUCGGUGCCAGCGAGGCCGGUAUCCACGUCUCGGUUGCCGCUGGAAACGACGGUGUCGAUGCUUGCGGCUCUACCCCUGCUCAGCUUGGUGGCAGCAACUCCAGCGUUGUUACCGUCGGUUCCGUCAACAUCAAGAAUGAGGUCUCCACUUUCUCUAACAUCGGCAAGUGCGUUGACAUCUACGCUCCCGGUGAAGAUAUCCUCAGCGCAUGGAGCACCGGUGACAACAUCAUCAACUUCCUCUCCGGUACCUCCAUGGCUUGCCCCCACACCACCGGUGUCAUGGCCACUCUUAUGGCUCAGGACAAGAGCCUCGGGCAGGACCCAGCUGCGCUCAAGAAGAAGCUCCUCGCGACUGCCCGCUCCGAUAAGGUCACCGGCAGCCUUAGUGGCAGCGCCAACCUCAUGCUCAGCAACGGUGUUGAUGGUGCCAUUGCCAAGCGCCUCGUCAAGAACUACGUUGUUCCUGAGCGCAGCGGCAGCCCGGCUGCGCAAGCCAUGAAGAAGGCCCACGAUACCAGGGAGCUUGAGAAGUGGAUUGUCGUCUCUGACGACUCUCCUCUUAGGUUCUAG